AUGGCAGCAAUAGAUGAAGACCCUUUUUUCGACAUUGAACACUUAAUUUCAGAGGAAGAAAUUGCAGAAAUGUACUACGAUUAUGAAGAGCAGAUGCAAGAUGCAGAUUUUGAAGCAUACAACUCAGACAAUGAGAACAUGAAAAAAGAGGCGGAAAUAGAAGACACAACAAUUAACAACAACAAUCAAACUCAGCAAGAUGAAACACAAGCAUCAUUGUUUAAAGAAGGGACUCACCAACCAAACAGAAAACAGCUUAACAUGCAUCAAAAGAGAGAGAUUGUGGAUGCAAUGCUAUUGAAAAUGCAAGAUGGUAACCUACCAAGAGGCUACAAGGUAGAAUUAUCAAUCAUGUUCAAGGUUCAUAAAUCAACAAUCACAAGACUUUUCAAUGAAAUAAAAAGGCAGAUGGCAGAAGGGAAUUUGAUUGAUGUCAGGUCCAAAAAGAUAGGUAGGACAGGUCCAAAGCCAAUGGAACUUUCUGAUGAAUUCCUACAGUCAGUCCCACUGCACUUAAGGCAGACAGAAAGAUCAUAUGCUGCAGCACUCAACAUUUCACAUGUUACUCUUCAUUAUUUGAAGAAAAAAGGGAGAAUCAGAACACACACAGCAAGCAGUAAGCCAGCACUAACAUCAGAUCACAAGGUGGCAAGAAUGAAGUGGGUUUUGUCUCACAUAAACCCAAUCCAAGGGAAUGAGAACCCCACAUUUGAUGACAUGAAGUAUUCCAUCCACAUUGAUGAGAAAUGGUUUUAUCUAAACCCAGAUAAAAGAAGAUUUUAUCUGCUACCAAGUGAGAAGAUCCCUAUAUGGCUCAACAAUCAAGGAGGUUCAAAUUAA